AGAAAAGGGAAAAGAAAAGGGGGGGAAUAAUAGAUAAAUAUAAAAAGAUGAAAGUAAAAGGAGGAAGAGAGAUGUUUAAAAGAUGUCGGCCAAGGUUGGAUUUGUCUUGAAGGAAGAUCAACGUGGCGGCCGUGCCAAUUCGACAGAGAAGCAGCCAAGUCGGAAACAAAUUUCGGCCCCGUCCUUUUAUCCUAAUAUAUGUAUAAAUAAUAUAAUCCCAAAACCCAAACCCAAACCCAAACCCAAACCCUAUCUAUGUAUUUAAAGCUCAUCCAUACAACGCCACCUUCUUUUUUGGUUCGAACGGCUGUGCCUCUUUUUGUUUUUAUAUACCCAAUUCAUAAGAAAAUCCCAACCCAAAAUCCCAUGUAGUUACUCUUCCUUUUCAUAUUCAUCGUUUUUCUCAUGCCCCCCCCCCCGCCCCUUCCCUGCUUCUCAAUUUUCGAUUUUUACCUCUGAACUCUUUUGUAUUUAAAUACACACCCAAACACAGACCGUGUGUUUGGAUUAUUAAUUAAUUUUUUGUGUUUUCUCUAAAGAUCAUAUGGAAGGAGAAGUUUGCUCCUCUGUAAAUUCAUCAUCCCCAAAGAGGAAGCAACGGCAUGAUGAUCAGAAUCAUCUCCAACAAGAAAAGCCUUACAGAGGAAUACGUAUGAGGAAGUGGGGAAAGUGGGUUGCGGAAAUCAGAGAACCCAACAAACGCUCCAGGAUUUGGCUUGGUUCAUACACAACCCCCGUCGCUGCCGCUAGAGCUUACGACACCGCUGUCUUCUAUCUCCGUGGGCCCACCGCUCGACUUAACUUCCCAGAUUUGAUGUUCGAAACCGACCAGCUUCACGACAUGUCCGCCGCCUCCAUACGCAAACGAGCCACCGAAGUCGGCGCUAGGGUUGACGCCAUCCAGACCUCUCUCCACGCCUCUAAUUCCGCCGGUACUCAAGUUUCCGAUAAGCCCGAUUUAAACGAAUACCCCAACCCUGAAACCUCAGACGACGAUUAAUCUCAAUUAAUAUCUCUUUCUCCACCGUUAUAAGCAAAAUUACUAAAAAGAGUAUCUUUCCUCACAAGAUUAUCAUGAUUAAAAAAAAAAAAACGGAACCACAAUGAUUCCGUUUUGUUCGGUUGUAGUUCUUCGAUUGUAACCGGCUUAUACGAAUACUUGAACUCUCGCCUAAUUUUGUAUUUUCGUUCUUAUUCGAAUUCAAAAUUUUUUUCUUGGUA